UUCCUAAAAAUCAAUCUACCCGAAGAAGGCGAAUGCUGAUUUCCGUCUUCCGUCUUCAUCUAGAAAAGAAAACACAGCUGAACAACAAAAAGGAAGCCAUUAUUUUGACUAAAUUGUGUACGUUGUUGUGUCAUUUAUAAAGAACUGGGAAAAGGGUGCUUCAGGGCCAUAGGACAAGGCUACUGUUAGAAAGUAGUGGCCUACUUCCCUUGCUCAUUUUCACAAGGAGUAGGCCCUCCAUUGAGGAUGACAAUGGAAGAGAUGAAGAAUGAAGCUGAGACGAACUCGAUGGUCUCCAUGACAUUAUACGCAGUCAUGUACCCCGUUUUCAAUGAGUUGGAGAGGAUAAAUUUGUCGGCGGCACAAACACUGAGAGCAGCAUUCAUUAAGGCAGAGAAAGAGAACCCAGGACUCACUCAGGACAUCAUUAUGAAGAUCUUGGAGAAGAAGAAUGUGGAGAUCAACUUUACAGAGUCUUUGCUUCGCAUGGCUGCAGAUGAUGUGGAAGAAUAUAUGAUUGAAAGGCAGGAGCAGGAGUUCAAGGACCUCAACGAGAAGGCAAGAGCACUGAAGCAGAUUCUAAGCAAGAUCCCAGACGAGAUCAACGAUCGUGUGCGUUUCCUGCAGACCAUAAAAGACAUAGCCAGUGCCAUAAAGGAGCUGCUGGACACAGUGAAUAAUGUGUUCAAGAAAUAUCAGUAUCAGAACCGCCGGGCACUUGAACACCAAAAGAAGGAGUUUGUGAAGUACUCCAAAAGCUUCAGUGACACCCUGAAAACAUACUUCAAAGAUGGAAAGGCGAUAAACGUCUUUAUCAGUGCCAACAGGCUCAUCCACCAAACUAACUUGAUACUUCAGACCUUCAAAACUGUUGCCUAGGAGGCCAGGGCCUAGAGGUGUGACAUUUAUGCGGGAUAUGGGCACCUAUAUAUGUAAAAUACAUUUUUUUUCCUUUUUUUUUUUUUGUUUCAAAGUAUAAUUUAUAAACCUAGCCUCAUGUGAAAGAUUUGAGGUAAGGCAUUAAAGACAAUUUAAAAUCUAUAUUAAUUUACUUUUAGCUUCCUAAUCACGAGUUCACCACUGAGACAGCUUCACUACCUUUACUUUUACUUUCGCUCCAAUCAAAUGAAAGCCAAAAGACUUUGCGCCUUAAAAGUGUCAUGCAACAUUCCUUAUACAAAGUGUAAAUAUUGGUAUUCUGUCUGAAGUUCUGAGAUAAGGAAGAGUAAGAGGUGGGAGUAAUGUAUUUAACAAAAACUUGGUUGCAAAUGUUCAAUAAAUAGUUUCCAAAUGUUGAAAUUUUUAAACUUG